AUGGAGCCAUCACCACAACAUCUCGCCGAUGUUUUAACACUUUUAAAUUCUUCUCUUUCUGGACAAAAUGGCGCGCAAACCACUGCGUUUUACGACAAAGUGACAAAAUAUCCGGACUAUAUUGUGUGUCUACUUAAAAUCGUCUCAACGCCGGAGUACAAAGCACUCCAAAAUCUUGCCUGUAUUCUUUUAAGACAAGUGUUGAUGUACAGUCAACUUGACCCAUCACAGGUGGCAGUUAUAAUCAUUCCUUUGCUUAAAGAAAACGCACUUCGAUCUGUUGCAAGCAAUUUGUUAUCGACACUCUUCGUAUGUAGCUCAGAUGAUUUUAAAUUCAAGUUUUUACAGACGAUCUUGGUAACAAUUCAAACAUCUAAUGACCUUCCAUUGAUAGAGGGAAUGCUAUCAACGUUGUCUAUGAUUAUAGAGGACGACAACCGAUUCACAAACAGAGAACAAUUAAGACCAUUAUUGGAAACUAUGUUUGAGUGCGUGUUCGCAUGCACUUCAAAUCAGCUCGACGUGGUACGAAAAAUAUCAAUGGAAACUGUCGUGAACUUGUCGUAUGCCAGUGGAAAUUACCCAAAGCUACUUAAAACUAUUAUUCCAAGAGCUAAAGACACAUUACCAAGUGUCAGAAUUUCAUUUUGCCAAAUCAUCGCAAACAUCCUUUUGUCAUUCCCAGAGGUACUCAAAAAUUCUAUUAACGAUAUUUUGAACGCAUUGUUCGAACUUGGAAAUGACCCAGAUGUCAGUGUGAGAACACAAGCACUUGGGUUGUGGGGACCAAUGAGUGAGUUGUAUCAAAAAGAGAUGGCACCAAAUAUUAUGCAAAUCCUUCAGUUGCUCAUCACAAAAUUGCCAAUUACAGACGAAGAAGUCGACACAGAAUAUUCCUCUGAUGCGGAUGAGGUGUUGUUUGGUAAUGAAUAUAGUGAAAGGAAAGUUGCUGGUAUUUCUUUGGAUCAAAUGGCAUCGAAUUAUGGAAAUAAGAUGAUCACUCUGUUGUUACCAUUUAUAUCACAAAAAGUUUCUUCGCCAAAUUGGAAAGAGGCAGAAGCUGUUAUGUUUUUGUUUGGGUGUGUUGUUAAUAAGGGAUGGACGAGUGAUGAAGACAAAGUACUGUUGGGACAAGUUAGAACUGUCUUCAUGCAAAUUUUGUCUCGAAUGGACAACACUGUACAACUCCAAUUUAUCGUGAUGUGGUGUGUCCAACGAGUUCAAGAGGAAAUUGUUAAUUUGUUGAAUGAAAAGGACUUUGAAACGUUGUUUAAAAUGAUCAUGCAAUUAAUGGUGUCGACAAACAACAAAGUACGUUUCCAAGCGUUGUGCACAUUAAGCUCGUUCCUCGACUAUAACAUUCCAAUAGUGGUAAACAACGUCAACACCAUUUUACCACUAGUGAUGGACCAAAUUAAACCGCCAGCAGCUGUUGUGUGUAAAGCGAUUGACACGAUCUCUAUCAUUGUCGAUGUGGCUCCUGUUCGAUUUGAAGGUAACAAAACACUUUUAGAGAAGCUCAUAGCAUUAUAUAUUCAAAUUUGUGGAGUCUUUCCGAAAUCGCCUGAUGUGUUGGAUACCGUCAUUUAUAACAUCUCGUAUAUAUUCCCACGAUUUGGAGAUGUUGGUGUUGAAAUGGCGUUUAAAUUGGAAGAAAUGGCUGUUAACAUACUGAAAGUGUGUGGAGGGGACUACCGAAUGCAAUCGAGCUGUAUUUUGUUAUUGUCUUCGUGUAUAGCUGUCAAUCCCACUGUUGCGCAAAAAAUAUUUGUUGACGUGUUCCAGUUGAUAAUUAAGGUAAUGGCUGUAUUUAAAACAGAACUCAUGGACGCGGUUUAUAGUCUUUUAGCAGAUUUCAUGACAUACUGCACACAACAAAUACAACCGCAUGCGUCUGAACUUGGGAAAGCAAUCACCAGUAUUAUACAAAGUGUCCCUGUUAACGUGUCAACGAAUUUGUAUUACUGUUUAUCAGUUAUGUUACAUGCAUUUAAGAACGAAAUGGUUCCUUACCACCAACAACUGUGCGAGAAAUUUGUACUUAUCAUGAAGGAAGAACUGUCAAAUUGUAAAGUACAGACCCGAGCUUGUAUCUUGUUGUGUUUUUCACUGAUGGGAGAAGUUCAACCAAAUCUAUUAACCCCAUUAGUUGGGAUCAUAUGUAAGAAUCUAAUUGUAACAGUUCCUUCCAUCACUGACAAGGAAGCGACCUGUUCGAUCUUAUUUGUGUUUGGGAAGUUAAUAUGCGCGAAUCCAGUUGCGUGUGAAUCUGCUCUUUUGGAAAUAGUCACCACGUUUAACCCCAAUCAAUACAUUUUCCAGAACCUAAAAGACCUCUGCGUUGGAGUCAGAAAUGUGUUGCGACAAACUUUCAACAGACCUGAGUACCAGAGCUUUUGGGCGUCGUGUAAUUGA